AUGAGUGGAAAGUUUGUCAGAGCUUCAAAGUAUAGACACGUGUUUGGACAAGCAACGAAGAAGGAGUUGUGUUAUGAAAACUUGAAAAUCACCAAGAACGCUUGGGAUUCAAACAUCAUCACCACCAAUGGAAAGUACCUUGCGUGCAACUGGGACGCCUCAGGCGGUGGCGCUUUUGCAGUGAUCCCUUUGUCAGAAGUCGGUAAGGCUCCAGACACGGUGCCCUUAUUUCGUGGUCACAAAGGUCCCGUUUUGGAUACAGCGUUUAACCCUUUCAACGAGCAGCAGGUAGUCAGUUGCUCUGACGACGGAAAUAUCUUAUUGUGGGAUAUUCCAGAGGACUUCUCUUUCCACAAUUAUGUGGACGAGAACGACAACCCUAGGGAUAUCGUCGAACCCACGAAAGUGCUUUCGGGCCACAAACGUAAAGUUGGCCAUGUAGCCUUCCAUCCGUGUGCGGAAAAUGUCUUGGCCUCUUGUUCUCUCGACUACACGGUGAAGAUCUGGGACUUGGAGUCGGGCGAGGCGAAGAUUACCUUACCCCACAAAGACUUGGUCACCUCUUUUGCUUUCAACUACAAUGGCUCACUCUUGGCCACCACUACUAGAGACAAGAAGUUGAGAAUCUGGGACUUGAGGGAAGAGAAGAUUAUUUCGGAGGGCCCUGGCCACAGCGGUGCCAAGCCUUCUAGAGUCGUUUGGGUUGGAAACACCUAUAGGGUUAUCACUACCGGUUUUUCACGUUUGUCUGACAGACAAGUUGGUAUGUGGGACGUCAAGAACAUUGAAAAGGGCCCAAUCGGUGGCUUUAUGGUGAUUGAUGCUUCUUCUGGUGUCCUUAUUCCAGUGUUUGACGAAUCCAAUAACAUUUUGUACCUUGCUGGUAAGGGUGAUGGUAACAUUCGUUAUUAUGAGUACGACAACGACGAGCUUUACGAGUUGUCUCAAUUUCCAUCCACCGAUGCUCAACGAGGGUUUGCCUGGGCUCCGAAGACCGCCUGUAAUGUCAAAGAGAACGAGAUCUUGAGGUGUUUCAAGACCGUCAACGAUCUGUCGAUAGAGCCAGUAUCUUUCAUUGUUCCAAGGAAGUCAGAGAAUUUCCAGGAAGACAUCUACCCAGAUGCGCCAUCACACAAGCCUGCCUUGUCCGCUGCCGAGUGGUUCUCUGGAAAGAAUGUCAAUGGUCCUUUGUUGGUCAAGAUGGAAGCUAUCUACGAGGGUAAGCAGUCUGAAGUUGUUGAGUCCAAGCCAGCUGUAAGCGUCUCAGAAGUGAAGAAAGAGGCUAAGGCCGCCAAGGAGAAGAAGAAGGCUGCUUCGAAGGAAGCCAAAGCUAGCCCUCAGCAUGACGAUGUCAAGCCAGUUGAAAGUUCCACAUCUCAGGAUGUCAAAGGUUAUGAAAGUCCCAAGGAUAAGGUUGGCGACGUGUUGAAGUCAGACAAGGUCGACAAUUUGCUUAACAAGGUCACUGAUGAGUCAGACGACGAGGACUCUAAAAGACUCAAGCAAGAUGAAGAAAAAGACGAGGACUGGGAAGAAGUAAAGAAACCCGAGUCACUCAAAGAGUCGACGCCUGAGCUCUCUAAAAAAGAGGACUAUAUCUCCAAGUUGAAGCCAAAGGCCAAAGAGAUGAAGGAAGAAUCAAAGGCUGAAUCGGUUAAGGAAGAAUCGAAGGCUGAGCCAGUUAAGACAGAAGAGAAAAAGCUGUCGCCUUCGCCAAAAUUGGAGCAACCUGUUCAAGCCAAGAAGGAUGUGAAGAAAGAUGUUUCCAAAGAGAUAACACCUACUUUAGAUGACCCCAAGGAAGAGGAGCCGAAGAAGGAGCUGCCAAGAAAGGAAGACUCUAAGAAGGAAGAGUCUAAGGCAACAGGCGCUCCAACGUUAAGAAGUACGGUAGACAAGCUUGCAAAACUUGUGGAGUCUUUAGAAAGCCAGGUCGUGAAGUUGACCGAGGCUAACGCUGAUAAGAACUCAAAGAUAGACCUGUUGGAGAAAAAGAUUGAGGAGCUUUUAAAAAAGUAA